GCUGAGCGAUUUCUGGACAACAUGCAUGUAGUUAAAGUUUGAAUGGAGCUGCUGGAUCAUUAAGCUAAAUGGGAUGUUGAAUGAUUAGCUCAUGAGCGUCCAACAACAACAACAACAACAACAGAUUACAUGGAGACAGGACAGCGGAGUGGGACGGGGAGAGAUGUGCAGACUACCACUGCCCUGUCUGAACCAGGACUGUGAAAGAGACAUGGAGCUCCGUCAAGGGAGUCCAUCCCGAACUCUCUCCACCAUGUCGCUCUCUGUUCGCCCAGCCAGACGCCUCACCUCCAGAUCCAUCACUAGGAGUCAGAGCUUCACUGGAGUCAACACCCACGACAAGCCCUACAGGAACCUCUCAGUGUUUAGCACUCCAGGUCUCAGCAGGAAGACCAGCAGAGCCAGCAGGAUGUUUACCAUGUCCACCAAGUCCAACACCCCACCUAAGGUCCCUCAGCCUGAGCGACUGGACCAGGUCUAUGAGGCGUUGAAGAAAGGCCUUCAGUCCUACCUGCAGGUACAUCAGAUGGACUGGGACAAUCUCAGCAGACAGAUGAAAGAAUCAAAGAGGAACUCCAGACUGGGUUUCCUGUAUGAGCUGGACAAGCAAGUGAAGGUGACUGAGAGAUACAUAAGACGACUGGAGUUUCACCUCAGCAAGAUUGACGAGCUAUAUGAAGCCUACUGCCUGCAGAGGAGACUCCGAGACGGAGCCAACAAGAUGGUGAAGGCUUACACUGGCUCCCAAGGCAGCAAGGAGGCCAGGGAGAGUUUAGCAGAAGCCAAUAAAGGAUACAAAGAGUAUACAGAGAACAUGUGUGUGUUGGAGAACGAGUUGGAGAACCAGCUGGGGGAGUUCCACAUUAAGAUGAAAGGUCUGGCUGGAUUUGCUAGAUUGUGUGCUGGGGACCAGUAUGAGAUCUUUAUGAAGUACGGUCGGCAGCGGUGGAAGCUGCGCGGCAGAAUAGAGAUCAACGGCAAACAGGUGUGGGACAGUGAAGAGAUGGUGUUUGUGCCGCUCGUCAGUGAGUUCCUCUGUGUGAAGGUGACAGAGCUGAAGAGCUUAGCCAAUCACGUGGUUGUAGGAAGUGUUUCCUGCGAGACUAAGGACCUGUUUGCUGCACUCCCUCAGACGGUUGCCGUGGACAUUAAUGACCUCGGGACUAUUAAGCUGAGCCUCGAAGUCACCUGGAAUCCAUUUGAUAAAGAUGACCAGGGCUCAGUGGCAAGCAGCGUCAACAAAGCUCCGACCGUCAGUAAGAGACUCUCCACCAUCUUCAACCAGAGUCCGCCUGACACGCCAUCUUUACGUGAACAAGCCUUCUAUUCUCUGCCUCGGAGUGUGACCAGGCGGCAGCACUGGCCGCUGCUGGACAUCUUCAGAGACACACUUAGCCAGAGUUGUCCCUGUAGUGACAACUCACCGACGGGACAGCCCACCGCAAACAUGCUCCGGCGCCACGAAGAGUUAGAGAAUGGAACAGCGUGGUCCAAUUCAUCUGAAUCAUCUGAUGACUCCUCCAGUCCUCGGCUUUCUGUCGGAGGGCUACGCAACUCUACACAUCCAAAGGCAGUGGUGGUGACACCAGACAUCCAGCCGGCUGUGAGCGGAAGUUCCUCCCCACAGCCCAACAUCUCAUUUUGCCUCAGAGACUCGUCGUCCUUAACGCCAACCCCCCCCUACAGAGUCAGCACUGUCAGUGAGGCUCCCAACGCGUCCACACACCAAGCACAGGGCAACAGGGAAGAGGAGAAGGGGACAGUCCGUGUUAAGACCACAGCUGACAGCGAGGAAGUGGACCCAGCAGUGGUGGUGACCAGCAGCCAUGCCUCGCGCAGCUACUUGCGCUCUCUGAGCCACAUCAGCGAAGGCAGUGCUGACGGCGUCGUGCUGAUGGACAGGUCCGCCGAGUCCGGAGAGGUGAUGUCUUUGGCCUCAGGGCUCUCCAUCACCGACAUUGAAAUGGAGAUGAUCAGCAGAACUCCUGAUUUGCCCGGCUCUGGCGCCGCGGACACGGACCCGUUGCCAACCAGGCUUUGCUUUAUGGAGGAAAACACAACAGGUGACGAUGUCACAGAUCAACGACAACACAGGAAACAACGGGACACAUCCAGCCCUGUCCAAACAUCCUCCUCCCCCGGGGCCAAAGUAUUAGACCCUAACACUCCAGCACAAAUGAACACACACACACAGCGAGAGUGCAUCACACUCCCAGAGAGCGGGGAUGAGACGUAUGUAGCCCGGCGGGUGUCGGUGGAGGAGGAGGACAUGCCGGAUCGUGUGUCCGGAGAGGGAGGUGUUCUGGUGGACAGCGGGCUAGAAGACGCCCUGGCGGCGGUCGUUUCCUCUCUGGAUGAUUACAGAGGACAGUUCCCCGAGUUACAACUACUGGAACAAGAGCUGAAGCUGCUGCAGGUUACACUCAAGGUAAAGAUGGAGCAUGCGUCUCUGCGGGACAGAGGCUGGGAUAGCCCCUCCACCCCCCUCACCACAGGCUGCUGCACUUUAGACUGCUCCCUGGUGGUCCACCUGAAGAACUGCAGCUCACAGCUGUUGUGUCUGGGUAUGUUUGGUCCGCUGCGGUGCGGAGAGAUGUACGCCUUGGACCGACUGCUGAGAGAGGCUCGGGUCCUCGAGAUGAUCCGACGCAUCGCCAAGGACAACCCAAGACGCUUCAGACAGCCUGCUGAAGUAAUACCACAGCUGGGCCUGUGCUCGGGGGCUGUGUCACUAUGGCAACAUUGCAUGGGGCAGGGCAGUGUGUACAGCGUCUCUGCCAACAGCUUCCUCGUUACACUGUCUACACUCUACCCCAGAAUACUUCCUGAGAGUGCCAGCAACAUGGCCGACACAGUGUUCCAGUGUCUGGUUCAGCGAGUGCUGGAUCAGAAGUUACCACGGCGCGACAGAGACGGACUGAUGGUGACGCUGUUCCAGCUGUGGAGCUACCUGAAGGCCAACAGCAUCAGUGACAUGGAAACACACGUCACUGAGCUGGCAGAAGAAGUGUGUUUGGUGCAGAGGCUGGCGUCGUGUGAGCAGGACGUGAUCGUCCACGCUCUGCGGCGUCCUGCAGAGUGCAGCCUGAGGAGAGAAGGACUUCACGCUGUGGCCAAACUACUAAAAGACUCGCGAGCCAAAGUGUCGGCCUCGGCCAGCUCUGUGCUGCGGAGCCUGGCAGCCCAGCCUCGACAGAGAGAGCCGGCUUUGGUCAGCUGUUUGGAGCUACUGGAGGAUGAGAAUGUGGACACCAGAGUCUGUGGAUGCAAGGCCUUAGCUUGUCUCAAGGCCAAAGAAAGUAUUGACCAGUUGGUGUAUCUGUGUCGGACAGACAAGGACGAAGUCCGAGAUGCUGCCAAACAAGCGCUGCUGGUGCUCGGAGAGGAGGGGAAGAUGGCGCACAGGCACGUGGAGACAUCUCAGGACAGCAUACCGAGACUCUUCGCUCCAGGAAGCAUGGCCAGCACAGCUUUCUAACACAUACACACACACACACACACACACACACACACACACACACACACACACACACACACACACACACACACACACACACACACGGUAGGAACAAAACCAGAACAACACAAAAUGAACGUUGUGUUUUGGCAGUGCUUCAACACUGUCACAGUGAGAAUAGGUUGUUUCUUCUAUUGGCACUAAAACAUACAAAGACAAAUACAGUGCAUGGUAUACAGUAUAUACACUGUCAGAGAGGUUGCAAUACCACUCACAUUAAAGGUUUAUUUCGUUUUUUCUCAACCUGGACCUUAUUUUCCUAUGUUGUAGUGUAACUAACUGACUGAUAGGAACAACAAUCUUUGAAACUGGUCCAGUACUAAGCGUGAAUUAAACUCAAAUGCUUAGAUUAUUAUUUUAUGUGUCUGACAAUAUUAUGGAAAUGAUCUCUACAGAGAUAGACCUUUAAAACUUCUUUGAGACCUUUUCUGUUUAACCUGAAACAGUUCUGAGGUUGCUAGCGCUAAACCCACCAGACUCCAUUAAAAAAAAAAACACACUUUAAGCGUAUAUAGUGCCAACAUAUUUUCACAUGUAAAUUGGUAAACUAUGUGAUUAUUUCACCCAAAACUAGAGUUGU